AUGGCCGCUGGCUUCACGGCCGGGAGGCUGCGUAAUGUCAAACCCCUGUUUGGCGAGAGGAGGAGCUGGGCGCUCCUGAGCCUGAGGGGGGCCCUGGGAUCCGGAAGCAUGUUGUGUCGGUACGCGGCGCUGACCCUGCUCCCCAUGGCCGACAGCGUGAGCAUCGUGUUCAUCUCCCCAACCAUCACCGCCAUCCUGGCCAUACUGGUGCUGAGCGAGCCCGCAGGCCUGCACACGCUGGCGGGCUGCGUGCUGAGCCUGCUGGGCGUGGCUGUCGUCGCCCAACCGCCCAUGCUCCUCGGCGGCUGGGCGGGGGAGGGCGUGCCCUGGACGCGCGCGCGGGGCCUAGGCGUGGCCUUUGCGCUGGCCGGCGCGGCGAUGGGGUCGGCGUCCCAGGUCACCAUCCGCCGCAUCGGACUGCGCGAGCGGCCCCUCACCGUCUCCAUGUGGUUCCACGCCACCAGCCUGGCGUCGGCCGUGGCGCCGCUAGCGGUCGCCUUCCCCGCGGGACCUGUCCUGCCCAGCCUCCUGGAGGCGGCCGCGAUGGCGGGGGUGGCGGCCACCUCCUUCCUCGGCCAGAUCCUGAUGGGCAGGGGCAUCCAGCUGAUGCAUGUGGUGUACGCCAAUGUGGCUGGAGCGGUGCUCUUCGGCGAGCCCACCACUGCUCUCAAGCUGAGUGGUGGCGUGCUGAUUGGGCUGGGCAUCCUGGAGGUCAAUCGGGAGAAGGGGGAAGCACCUGGCCAGCCUGAGACUGACCCCUUGCUCCCGGACGCCCUGGAUCGUCCGUCUAUCGCAGAGAAGGGAUUUGGGGUCGAGCUGGGGAAGCGUCAUGGGCCCCCUCGCAGCUGA